UUUAUCAAUACAAGUUGGUUCAUAUCAGUAUGCAUCAGAAGUCAGGAUUAUCAGCCGAUUAAGACAUAAAUAUUUUGUGCAACUCAUUGGUUGGUGCCAUCAAAAAAGAGAACUUCUACUUGUCUAUGAGUUUAUGCUUAAUGGAAGCUUAGAUCACCAUCUCUUCAAGGGAAAAAGCCAUUUGACAUGGCCAAUAAGAUUAAAGAUUGCUCAAGGCUUGGCCUCAGCGUUGUUUUAUCUACACAAAGAAUGGGAACAAUGUGUGGUGCAUAGGGACAUAAAGUCCAGCAAUAUUAUGUUGGAUUCCAAUUUCAAUGCUAAACUUGGGGAUAUUGGUUUAGCUAGGCUAGUUGACCAUGAUAAGGGAUCCCAAACAACAGUUUUGGCAGGCACGAUGGGUUACAUGGCUCCUGAAUGUGUCACCACUGGCAAAGCUAGCAAGGAAACAGACGUCUAUAGCUUUGGUGUUGUCGCUUUAGAAGUAGCUUGUGGAAGGAAACCUAUUGAUCCUAAAGCUCAGGAGCAUCAAGUAAAUAUUAUUGAAUGGGCUUGGAGACUUUAUGGGAUGGGAAAUCUUAGUGAAGCAGUUGAUCCUGGACUCUCAUCAGAGUUCAAUGAAGAGGAGGUGGAGCACUUACUAAUUGUUGGCUUGUGGUGUGCUCAUCCAGAUAACAAGUGCAGGCCUUCUAUUAGGCAAGCAAUUCAAGUGCUUAAUUUUGAAGCUCCAUUGCCCACACUCCUUCCAAACAUGUCUGUACCGACAUAUUGCAGUUAUGGAUCAACUACUUCAUUUACAUCACCAUACGACUCCAAUGGCCCUCAAAUUUAUGAAAUACACUCUUCAGGGACGGGAGACUACACUGGUUCUUCAAAUAACACAGUAGCUUCUGCAACAUCUUCGCCUUCCGCACCACUUCUUUACACAGAAGUUGAAUUUGAUAGAAGCAAAGAAUCUUUAAGUGAGCUAGCUUGUACUAAAGAUAGAGUAUUGAGGAUGAUGCAUGCCUCUGUCACAGAGGCUGUGGAGUUGGCUUCAUUUCGAAUACGUGAUGUAGCCAUCCUUUGGUAUGAGGCAUGGGAGAGAUCUAGAGGACUAGAUGCUCCACCAGCAGAGUGGGAGGACUUCUCUGAGGCCUUCUUUGCCCACUAUUCGCCACGGGAAGUUCGAGAGGCCUGA